AUGCCUUUCCACAAGCUUGUGAAGAGCAGCGCGUACUACAGUCGCUUCCAGACCAAGUACAAGCGCAGAAGGGCCGGAAAGACCGACUACUAUGCCCGCAAGCGUCUGAUUACCCAGGCCAAGAACAAGUACAAUGCUCCCAAGUACCGCCUGGUCGUCCGCUUCACCAACCGGGACAUCAUCCUGCAGAUCGUCUCCUCCGAGAUCAGCGGUGACAAGGUCUUCGUCUCUGCCUACGCCCACGAGCUCAAGGCCUACGGCAUUGAGCACGGUCUGACCAACUGGGCUGCCGCCUACGCGACCGGUCUCCUGAUCGCUCGCCGUGCCCUCAAGAAGCUCGGCAUUGACGAGACCUUCACCGGUGUCGAGGAGGCCGACGGAGAGUACACCCUGACCGAGGCUGCUGAGACCGACGACGGUGAGCGCCGCCCCUUCAAGGCCAACCUCGACGUCGGUCUGGCCCGCACCUCGACUGGUGCCCGUGUCUUCGGUGCCCUCAAGGGUGCCUCCGACGGUGGCAUCUUCGUCCCCCACUCCGAGAACCGUUUCCCCGGUUAUGACAUCGAGUCCAAGGAGCUCGAUGCCGACACCCUCCGCAAGUACAUCUACGGCGGCCACGUCGCUGAGUACAUGGAGACCCUCGCCGACGACGACGAGGAGCGCUACAAGAGCCAGUUCCAGAAGUACAUCGACGACGACGUCGAGGCUGAUGGUAUUGAGGACCUGUACGCCGAGGCCCACAAGGCCAUCCGUGAGGACCCCUUCAAGAAGUCCGAGAGCGAUGCUCCCAAGAAGUCCAAGGACGAGUGGAAGGCCGAGUCCAAGAAGUACCGCCAGAAGAAGCUCAGCUACGACGAGAAGAAGCAGCGUGUCCAGGCCAAGAUCGCUGAGCUCCGCGAGGAGUAA